AUGGUGGUCGUUGGAAAAUCGAAUAAACCACGUGCAUUCAAAAACAUUGAUUUGCCUGUACAUUAUUAUGGUCAAAAAAGUGCGUGGAUGACAAAAGACCUUUUCAAGAAGUGGUUUGAUGAAUGCUUUGUACCAGAAGUUAAAAAAUGGUUGAAAAAUCAUAAUUUUCCUCAAAAUGCUUUAUUGCUUAUUGAUAACGCUCCCGGUCAUCCGUCUGAAGAAGAACUGAUAACUGAGGAUAAAUGCAUCACUGCGAUGUUUCUUCCACCAAACUGCACUGCACUGAUUCAACCAAUGGAUCAGCAUAUAAUUCAGUUUGUCAAGCAAGAUUAUAAGAAAAAUCUACUUCUGAAAGCUGUAUCAAAAGAUCAGCCAAUAGAAAAAACUUUAAAAGAAUUUAAUAUGAAAGACUUGGUUUUUGCUCUUUGUCAAUCGUGGACUGCAUUACCUUCAUCAACUAUUACAUCGUCUUGGAAAAAGUUAUGGCCGGAUAUAGUCACCAGUCCUAUCAACGAUCCGCAAAUCAGUGUAACUUCGGAAGUAAUAGAGAAAGUUGCUGCUGAAACACAGAUAAGAUUGCAAGAUUUGGAAAUCAACUAA